AUGUGGCGAUUUUUGCAUAAAGCGCAACAGCAACGCAAUCGCGACCUCGACGCCCUUCGUCGGGACAUCGACACGGAUGUACAUGUUAAAUCGCCGGCGGAUUUACUACAAAGUCUACAGGUGGAUCUUGAACAGGGUUUAUCUACGAUCGUUGCGAAAAGUCGCCUACGAGAUCAGGGACUGAAUGCAUUGACUCCGCUGAAAAGAACUUUGGAGAUUCAAAAGAUCUUGCAUCGAUUCUGCGGAGGCUUUUCCUCACUAAUAUGGGUGGGUGCCAUUUUGUGUUUUGGCAACUACUUCUUGCAAUUGGGGACCUAUGGCGAAGCUACCGAGGAUCACCUCUGGCUUGGUCUAGUCCUGAUUGUGCUAAUCAUAGUUACCGGUGCGUUCAGUUACUACCAAGACUCCAAGAGCUCGCGCAUCAUGGAAUCGUUCCAGCAGAUGGUACCGCAACGUGCCAAGGUUCUGCGGGACGGCGAGAGAAAGGAGUUGCUGGCGACCGAGCUGGUGGUUGGGGACAUCGUCCUGCUGGAGACCGGCGACCGGGUGCCCGCUGACAUUAGGAUCCUGGAAUGUCAAGGUUUGAAGGUCGACAAUGCAUCGAUUACGGGCGAAUCGAUACCACUGGUACGAACGGCUAAUAUCCCGCAAACCGGAAGUGUUAUUCAAGCGAAGAACAUGGCAUUCUUUUCCACAAACGUUGUCGAAGGCAGCGGAAAGGGUGUCGUAGUGGCCUGCGGUGAUCACACAGUGAUGGGCAGAGUGGCGAGGCUAACUUCGAGAUUGCCGACCCAGCCUACGCCUCUCUCCAGGGAGAUGCAUCGCUUCAUGAAACUGGUCUCGUGCUGGGCCAUCUUUCUAGGCGUUUCGUUCUUCGCCAUGUCCGUAGCGAUGGGCCACGAUUGGAUCGACUCGGUCGUGUUUCUGAUCGGCAUCAUCGUGGCCAACGUGCCGGAGGGCAUUGUCGCCACGAUGACGGUCAGCCUGACCUUGACCGCCAAGAAGAUGGCCAGCAAGAAUUGCCUGGUGAAGAAUCUCGAGGCAGUCGAGACGUUGGGAUGCACCGCCGUUAUCUGCAGCGAUAAGACCGGCACUCUCACGCAAAAUAAAAUGACUGUACGACACGUGUGGUACGACGGUCAGUUGCGCGAGGUGAUGGCGUCGGACACAUGGCGAAAAUACGACAGCAAUCUGGGUUUCGAAAAUCUGGCGAGGGUGGCGAGUCUCUGCAAUCGCGCCGAUUGGGCGCCGAUGCCCGAGGACGAACCCUUGCCGCCGUUAAACAAACGAAAAAUCCUGGGAGAUGCCUCGGAUGCGGCAUUACUGAGAUGCAUGGAGGUCCUCGUGAAAGGGGGAGCUAAUUCUUACAGAAAGGACUAUAUCAAGAUAAUGGAGAUACCUUUUAAUUCGACGGACAAAUUUCAAGCGAAUGUGCAUUCAUUUCGCGACAAGUACUUCGUGUGCUUCAAGGGCGCUCCCGAACGCGUUCUCGAACGUUGUUCGACGGUAGCGUUCGGUGGCGAGACUAAGGCUUUGACUGAAGAAACAAGGACAGCGUACACGGAAUCUUGUUAUAUCCUGGCGAACAACGGAGAACGCGUCCUCGGCUUUGCCGAUCUUGAACUCUCAAACAAGGACUUCCCCGUGGGCUAUCACUUCGAGGCCGAUCCUCCAAAUUUCCCUCUUGAAAACUUGAGACUGAUCGGCCUGGUAGCCAUGAUGGAUCCACCGCGGCCAACUGUUCCCGAUACUGUGUACAAGUGUCGUUGCGCCGGUAUCAAGGUCAUCAUGGUGACCGGUGAUCAUCCCGACACCGCCAAAGCGAUCGCCAAGUACGUCGGCAUCAUUACUGACAACGACGGCCAUGAAAAUUACAACAAUGAUGCCGGAAAACGACAUAUCGUGGUGACGGGUGCACAGCUGCGCGAUCUGUCACCGGAGCAACUGGACCAGCUCAUCAGGCGAUAUCAGGAGAUCGUGUUCGCCAGGACGUUGCCUGUGCAAAAGCUGCAGAUCGUCGAGAGCUGCCAGCGGCUGCAUCUGAUCACCGCGGUUACCGGCGACGGCGUCAACGACUCUCCAGCCCUGAAGAAGGCCGACAUCGGCAUCGCUAUGGGUGUUACAGGAUCCGAUGUGAGCAAGCAGGUGGCGGAUUUAAUACUGCUGGACGACAAUUUUGCGUCGAUAGUGACGGGCAUCGAGGAGGGCCGGCGGAUAUUCGACAAUCUCAAGUCGAGCAUCGCGUAUACUCUGGCCAGCAACGUGCCGGAAAUAACGCCCUUCUUGGCGUUCGUUGUUCUCGGAAUUCCGCUGCCACUCGGCGUGAUUUGCAUCUUAUGCAUCGAUCUGGGAACGGAUAUGUGGCCGGCGGUCUCCUUGGCUUACGAGAAGUCCGAGUCCGAUAUAAUGUUGAGGAAACCCAGGAUACCCCAGAGUGAUCAUUUAGUCAGCCGGCGGCUGAUCUUCAUGGCGUACGGUCAGAUCGGCGUGAUCGAAGCGUGCGCGGGCUUCUUCACGUAUUUCGUGGUGAUGGCAGAGCACGGUUUCCUGCCUAAACGACUGUUAGGUCUGAGGUCACAGUGGGACUGCUCGGCAGUGAACGACCUGGAGGACAGUUUCGGCCAGGAAUGGACCUACGAGCAGCGCAAGAUCCUAGAGUACACCUGCCACACCGCCUUCUUUGUCAGCAUCGUGAUCGCUCAAUUGGCGGAUGCAAUGGUCUGCAAGACCCGGCGCAACUCGCUACUACGCCAGGGUAUGGGUAACUGGGCCCUGAAUCUGGGUCUGCUCCUUGAAAUCGCUCUGGCCUGUGUAGUCUGCUAUGCGCCCUACAUGGACCGCAUCCUGAAGACGUAUCCCUUGAAGCCGGAGUGGUGGCUGCUCGGAGUGCCGUACGCCAUCGUGAUAUUAAUUUACGAAGAGUUGAGGAAACGGUGGGUCAGAAGAAACCCGGGUGGCUGGUGGGACAGAGAAACUUCGUACUAGGUGAGAUCGUU